AUGGCGUCAUCAAGCAGCACUUACCGGAGCUCAAGCUCUUCCGACGGUGGUAAUAAUAAUCCAUCGGAAUCAACCACCGUCGUCGUCGUCGACGAACGAAAACGUAAAAGAAUGCUAUCGAACCGUGAAUCUGCACGUAGAUCAAGGAUGCGUAAACAGAAACACGUGGAUGAUCUAACGGCUCAGAUCAAUCAGCUAUCUAACGACAACCGUCAGAUCUUGACGAGCCUUACGGUUACAUCUCAGCUUUACAUGAAGAUCCAAGCCGAGAACUCUGUCUUGACCGCUCAGAUGUCUGAGCUAACCACCAGGCUCGAGUCGUUGAACGAGAUCGUCGAUCUUGUGACCAUCAACGGUGGUGUUGAUCAAUUCGACGGUUGUGGAUUCGAUGAUCGUACGGUUGGGAUUAAUAGUAAUGACGGAUAUUACGAUGACCAUAUGAUGAUGAGUGGUGUUACUCCUUGGGGUGGUUCGGUUUACACUAACCAACCCAUUAUGGCUAAUGAUAUCAAUAUGUAUUAA